UUUUGACUUUUUAAUUGAAAAGAAAACCACUAAACGAUUCUAUUACCUAUUCUCCAUAUUCCUCCAUCAUUUCUUUUUAACUGCCUAUCUAAAAAAAGAAAGCAGUUAAGAAAACCUUAAACUACCAAUAACCUAAUUUGACCAUACAUAUACAAGAAAAGAAAACAAAACAAAAUCACCUAAAGAAAAAUUAUCAUCAUGGCUUCCAAAAUCAUUUUCUUUGUAGUAGUUCUUGGCAUGAUUUCUAAAAGUAAGCAAGCCUCAGAAUUUGUAAUCCAAUCGUGCGAGAAAACUUUAUAUAAAGAUCUAUGCAUAUCGGCCUUAGGAUCAGCCCCGGCAACUACUAAAGAUUUGCAAAGCUUAACAAAUUAUGGACUCGAUCUGGUCUCCUCGGAGGGAGCUGAACUGCUCCAACGGUGCAACGAAUUGCUGAAAACAGCUUCUGAUCAGAAAGUGAAACAAAAGUUGACAGAUUGUUCUCAGACAUAUCAGACAGAGAUCGAUGAACUUAAGGAGUCACGUGUCGCUGCUGAUACUGAAUCUUAUAAUGAUGUUCAUACACGUGUGGCUGCUGCCAUGAAUGCCGCAGAAUGGUGCGAGGAGGGUUUUAAGGAAACACCAGCAACACAAUCUCCAUUAACGGCUGAGAAUACGAGGUUUAGCCAGUUAUGUAGUGUUCUUUUAACAUUUUGCAAGCUUUUGGUCUUACCUCCUAAGGAGUAAGCCAUUAAAAAUCCCCUCAAGAUUUUGUUGAGAAAUAAAAAUAUAACGUAAGAUUUGACAUGCAAGGAAAAUAAGAGAUUAGAAUAGGAAACUGCAGAAUAUCUGGAAGUGAGAUUUUGUUAGAUUUCAAAUAAAUUUCUUGAAAUUGUAUUAGAUAUGGAAGAGAGAUUUUGUUAGAUCUCAAAUAAAUGCUCAUAAGAUCUUCAAAACAGAACAAAUAUGUGAAAAAUAGAGAGGAAAAAGAAAUUAAAAUUAUUAGUUCUUCCAGCCAUAAUCAGAACUUAGUUACUGUUUGAUUA